CACACAUUCUAUUCCAUCUAGGGCUUAUGUUUAAAGUGUAAUAGUAACUCUUCAAGUUUAUGGUUUAUGAAUAUAUAAUGACUUGAAUGAACAAUUCAAUGAAUGUAUUGUAAAAUAUUUAUACAUUUUUAAGCUGUUUUAUUUAAUAAGAAGAAUAGUGAAAUGGCUACUUUAUGGCAAUAUUUAUUGGAAGUUUAUGAAGAUGUCGUGGACAAAAAUGCUGAUCCAAGAGUCGUUAAUUUACCUCUUAUUUCCAGUCCGUUUCCCACUAUAGCCAUUGUUAUAAUAUAUAAUUACUUUGUAAAUAAAUGGGGACCUCUAUUGAUGAAGUCAAGAGAGCCAUUUGAGCUGAAAAAUGUGAUGAUUUUAUUUGACAUAAUACAAAUUAUUUUAAAUAUUUAUUUGUUUUGUAUGUGUAUUAAAUUACCUUUUAUUGAUUUGAGUUAUAGUUUAAUCUGUGAAGAAGUUGAUUACUCUGAUCAUCCAACUUCUCUAUCUAUCGCAUUUAAUGUAUGGAUAUAUUUUAUGGUUAAAGUGAUGGAUUUGCUAGAUACGGUUUUUAUGGUGUUGCGUAAGAAAGAAAGACAAAUAUCUUUCUUGCAUGUGUAUCAUCACACAGGAAUGGUUAUGAGUGGCUGGAUCGCAACAAAAUAUGUACCAGGAGGCCAUGUAGUACUGGUUGGAUUGAUAAAUUCCUUUGUUCAUGCAGUCAUGUACGUCUAUUACCUCCUUACAGCUAUUAAUCCUGAAUAUAAAAAAUCAAUUUGGUGGAAAAAACAUCUUACAGAGCUUCAAAUGGUUCAAUUUAUUAUACUUGCUUGGCACAGUGCAAUUGCAGUUCUGAAUCCAAGUUGUAAUUUCCCAAAAAUUCUGAUGGGUAUAUUCUUCCCUCAAAACUUCUUCAUGCUGAUAAUGUUCUGGGACUUUUAUAGAAAAAAUUAUUUAUCAAAAAAAAAUAUUCAACCUGAAAAAGUACUUGAAAACAAAGUUGAAACGAAUAAUAACAUGGAAAAGAAAGUGGUUUGAAAUGUAAAAAGAAAACAUAUUCAAUAAAGAAAAUAAUAUGUGACUUUUUAAAACACAUUAGGUUAUUUAUUGUGAAAAUGUAUAGUAAUUAAUUUAUAUCUUUUGAAAAUAAAAUGUAUUAUAUUAUUCAUACGAUUAAAUAAUAUUAUUGUAAUAUAUAUUUUAAAGAACUCUUUGAUAGCUAAAGCUAUAUAAUAGAAACUCAUCAGAAACCUAGACUACUACUUAGCGAGUUCCUAAAUUUUACAUUAAGUUCAGAAAUUUGUAACAAGGCUAAUUUUUUCAUCCAAGCAAAAAUAAUUCUACAAUCAUUAUUGAGUCACAAAUCAUCAAAGGAAGAUCAUUACCUACUUCUCUUAUAGGAAACAGAAAGAUUGUCUACAUAGUUCUUCUAUUUAUUUAUAAUUGUAUCACGGACUAUUUGUUGCUCAUUGAUAAGGAAGGCAGAGAUUUUCAUAAUUCAUGAAUCGCUUCAAUUAUUUGUUAAUUGAUUUUUCUACCUCAUUAUUGUUACAUACAUUGAUUUGAGUAUACAAAAAAUAAAAAAUAAAAAUCAAGAAUAUUUAUAGUUGUAAACAAGUCUUUCAGCUUUAAGUAUCUUUGAUCAAUAUUGGACUGAUGGAUUUUUACCAUAUUUUACAAACCUAUAAAGGGUUUAAUGUUCAGUACUGUUUCAUCAUUAACAAUCAAGAUGAUUUGGCCAGGAUCAGGUAUCCACUUUAGGCAGAAUAGGCAACAAGAGUAUCUUCUGACCUCAAGAUCCAACCAUAGCUGAUAGAAUAGAAAAUAAAUUGUUUACUACAGCAAACUUAGUCAUAUAAAAUAUAAAAAUCUGUUUGUAAUUUUUAGAAAAUUACAUCAAUUUAUAUUAUA